AAGCUUGGCAGUUGUCUUCUUGUUGAUUGGGGAGACUUUAUGUGUUGUGAUAAUGCUCGGAGCACACGUUUUGAAGAUUCCUUUUGACCUUAGUGGAAUAAGCAUCCGUAAAGCCCUCUCUCUGUAUGAAUUGCAGUUUGAAAAUAAAUAUGUAAAUAUAAGAGUCGCAAAAUUUGGUCUAGAGACACAUUUAUGGAGAUCGAUUGCUUCAAGAAGAAGAACUGCAUUAUUUGAUAUAUACAUAUCUGGAGCCGAAGUGGUCUUGAAAGAAACAGGUGGCCUGUCGAAGACGGCAGGGAGUAAUUUUGACCUUUUGAAGACAAGCAAUUAUUUAUUUCGUAUUGUUCAAGAGCUUGGAAGUUCCUGGUCUAAGUUCCUGUUUGUCUGUUGUAUUCGACUAUUGUUCCUUUUAAGCAUCUCAUUCGACAAUUGCACUUUGGCAAUGAAACAUGAAGAUAAACUUCAACGAUUCAUAUCUCUAAACUCUCAUUUGGAAGGCACUGAUACUGUAGACUAUAAUUGUUUCACUUGGAAGCUUGGGACUUUUAAACUUUUCAUGGACACAACGUUGCCAGUACAAGUCAAACAUACUGUGAUUAUUCUAAAAGUCGAAAAUACGUAUCUUACCUGCUCAGUAUCACUUCAGAAUAUUUGGACAGAACGUCUGAGUGAUCUUCAGAAAUUGGAUGUCGAAAUAAGGAUUCCAACAGGUCGAGGUGCCUAUGAAAAGGCACAAUUUUCUUUAUUUGUAGAUACUCCAUCUUUUCUAUUACACCCUGAGCAUUUGUUAUGUUUCCUGAAGCCAAGAGAGCAAGGAGAUACGACUUUGUCAGAGAGACGAACGACCAUGGACAGUCAUACAUUGGAGAUAUUACGCUUAUGGGACUUCAAGGUUGGAAUGGUCAACCUAUCUUGUGUGUUUCCUGAUGUCAUUUUGGACAGCAUGCAUACAGAUAUUCUCUGUAGACUUAGUUUGGGACAGCUGAAAUUUCUGCUUCAAGAUGCAGCUUGUUCCAAUACGUACCGUAUGAAAGUAGAAUUGAAUGAGCUCUAUUUAUCUGAUUCACGAGAUAAUUUCGAUGAUGUUAGAAAGUAUUUAACUUCGCUUCAGAAACAGUUGGCCACAACAAAAAAUUGUGGAUUAAGAACGGAGUCCCAAUUAUUGUACAAGCAUUGUCAUUCAUUUGACUGGCACAUAGAAAGUCUCGUAGUUUGCUUGGAUGUUGAUAUGAGUCACAUUUAUUCACAACUUGAAAUAUCUAAUCCUGUUUUACUUGCAGAACCUGUGAAAUUGGUUAGACUUUUGGAUCGAACUCACUCUAGGUACCAAGUUUUUAUUCAUUUUCUUAAAACAGUCAUUUCAAAAAGGCAGAAAAAUCACGAAACUCCAGAAACUGGAUUGAGUUGCAAAGGUUAUUCAUGGCAAGUUUCCGGUGAAGUAAUGUCUGGAUAUCUCUGCUUUCAUUUUGGUUUUCCUCAAGGAGAGGAAGCAAUUCAAGCAUAUAUUUGUUCAGUCCCUCUUAUCUCCAUGGCAAAGAAUUCUUUAACGGCUUCUUCUUUAAAUGUUUAUCAAAUUCAGACAGAAGAUACAGAAUCGAUUUUUUCCAUUUCAAAAGUAAAAUAUUUUCCAGCUCCUGAAUGUGGCAUGAAACUUUCUAAAGUCUUACUGAAAUGGAGUCCUGAUACUCAUUCCUGUGCAGAAUCAGCAAUAGAAUAUGUAACUAACGCUUUAAGAAGUUGCAGUUUUGGUUGGAACAAAGUUCAACCUAGGCAAGAAGCAGGAUUGAAGACUUCCAAGUUGAAACUUACCAUUUCAGAAGUUGAAAUAUCCGCAAGCUUCCCAGAUGACCCUCAGACGCAGAUAACUAUAGAUGAACUAUCAGAGAUCCAUAUUGAUUCUGGAAUGCUUCAACUAUCCAAACUCACUUGGAAGAUCCAGAAUCAUAUCGUUCUUUUCAUUAGCCUGGCAACUUUCCAUUUUUCAUCUCAUGACUUUUUUUCAGUUCCAUUGGGAAUUUACUGCAGACGAGUUAUCUUUUGCUUACCAUAUGAUCUCCACUUUGGAAAUAGUUGGAUGGAAUUUUUCUGGAGAAUGAAAGGAUAUCUUCUUAGAAAGAAAAGGUACAUGUCAGCCUUGGGAAGAAGUUCGUUCCCAGACAUGAAUAUUUCGAUAGAUGAUUGCUCUGCAAUAUUUGAAGACCACCCUUGGGAGUCCUAUUUGAUGAAGCAUAGACCUGUAAUUAAAGAUGAAACCGUCGAACAAAUAAACAGAAGACACGUGUUGCGUAGAAUAUUGGAGCAGCUCCCAGCAGCAGAGAGAAAUGCCUAUGAGGCUCAGUGUUACUCUAAAUUGGACGAAGAGAACGCUACUCUAUAUGCUUAUCGUGUUCGUGAGGUCCAAAGAUAUUGGCAGUUGGACCGAUUCGAUCUUAGUGGCAUUGAUGCACGACUGCCUCCCUUGUUGCUAGCUAAUAUCAAAAAUUGUUCAAUUUCUAUUCGAAAGACCACUGUUGACCAUAAUAUUGACGCAAAUAUGGAAAUGCUGAAUGAGUUGUAUAAAUUAGAUGAGUGUAGGGAUAUUCCCAAUUCGGCACAGAACCCUUCUAUGUAUAAGGAUUUUGGAAUACGACGAGUGGAAUUUGUUUCAUCAUACUUUUCAUUUCAUCUUCGUGAUUAUCCAUAUAGCAUUGCUACCGUAAAGAGUUUAUCUUUUUCCGGUAAAGUUGGUGCGAUGGAACAGGCAACAAGGGAGCCUUUCAUUCGCCACAUGUUUGUUGCACUUGGUUCAAAGCUGUUUGCUGAGCUUAAUAAGCAAAUAUCACCUCUAAAGAUUUUUUUGGAUGGGAAGUUGACACUGGAAGAUGUUGAAGGAGUGUUUGGAGUAGGAAUGCUUCCAUCUUUUGAAGACUUGUCUCAGUGUUUUCUUCGUCUUUCUCCUGAUCGUUCUGAUCCAAGUCCCCGCUUGGCUUGGUGGGAUCAAGCGAGACUAAUUUUUCAUGGUAGAAUAGAAGUUGUUGUUCGAAAACUUAAGUACGAUGUGUUAACAUCCACAUUUUGUUACUCAUAUUUGUCGUAUCAUACUGUCGAGGCAGACGAGUUAAAUGCAUGCUUUACUCGUUGUGCCACAGAUAAACCCUGUCCUUGGUUAUCGGUUCAAAUGAAAUGUUUUAGUAUUUCGGCAUGCUAUUUUGGAACGAGUUUGGGUUCAUUCGUGAAAUUAGAUCAAGUCAAAGUGAAUAUUUCCUCAAUUUUACAGACAGAAAGUGGUAAUCCUGAUAAUCAUUAUAUUCAUCCAUUUGCAGAAAGGAGUGAAGUUCCGUUUGUGGCUGAAACAUGUAGAAUGCCAAAUAGGGGCGAGUUAUUUAGGAAGCUUGCAUGUAGCAGGCCUACUUGUCAACUGAAGAAUGUUCCGAACCAUGAUACUUAUGGUGGUUUUCGUAUUUCUUCUUUGUUCUUAAAAAUUGAAAUAUUUUGUAUCCCAUCGCACAAUCUUAAGAGUUGUCUUAUUCAUAGCGACGAUAUUGCUUCAACUCUACAAUGCAUUGUAGCUAUUAGAAAUUCCAUAUUUCAGUGCAUUCCUAUCAGAAAAAAAUUUGGCCAUUCAAGAAAAGCAGAACCUGCAGGAUUCUUGGAAGAGAUUAUGAAGACUUUUAAAUUAUAUCUUAGUUCACAAGACAUGCAUUUUACCAUUAUAAACGAUUUGAAUCCUGGUCAUUCUUUGUUGGUGGAGACUAGCGAUAUAAAUUUCUCUCUUACAAAAAGAAGAGACGGAGUAAAUACACCCAAUGCAUUGAAUGCCAUGAGACUGCUAGUUAAGAAUUUGGACAUUCGAAUGAGGUCCCCAUCAUUGGACCAAGCAGCGAAAAGAGAAGAAGAGGAACCUUCAAGAGGCUCAUUCUUUGUACAUAUACCGAUGUUUCUAGUACUUUUGGAAAGCGAAGUUGACUCAUGUUUGAGAACAAGUAGUCGUAUUAUUUCCAUGGAAAACCUCACACGUCUUUCCUCUUCGUCUUUAGGUAGUUUUUCUGUUGGUUCCGGUUAUAAUUCAGCUGAUAAUGAAAUUUUACGUCGAAUCGUGUUUGGUGGAGACUCAAGUGAAGAUGAAGAUAAUAUUGAAUGCAAUUUUAAUAAUGAAAGCUCUGGUGAAACACUGUCCCACCUGCAACGCCUUUCCUUGAAAGAGCAAGGUUUUUCUAACCAGAUUCUUGCUUUUGAUGCUCGCAUUUUGUGGACUGUAGAGAGGAGAGACUCACUGUCUGAAUGGCCUCGAGCUAUCUUUCUCAAUUCGCAUAAGAAGGGCGUAAAAACUCUGGAUAAGAUAAGGAAGCAUCAGAGGAUUAGUAGUGCAGAGUUGGAUCGAAUUACAGAAGGAAAUAGAAAUGCUAGUAGCAAUAAGGACGCCUUGCUUUCUCUUCUAUCCGAGAAUAUACCGGAAACCCAAGAUAGCAAUUCGACAUCGUCGUUAAAACGAAAGCAACUGGAAAUUAUAGCUUCGUAUCCUCAGUUACAACUUUCAUUGAUACGUCCCGUCGUGGCGCUUUGUUCUCCAGAGACAGAAGGAGUCUGUAAAUUAGUCGCAUCUUAUGGGUACUUGACACUCGUCCAUCAGCAAGUAAAAGAAGAUGACAUUUGGAAGAGACUUGAGUUGCAUGCCGGAAUGGAAGAUACUGUGAUGUUUACUUUACCAAAGGGCAUUUCCUUCGAUCUUGACAGCAUUGGAGUGACAUUCGACUCUUCUUCCAACUUACGUGUAACCAAUAGUCCGUUUGAAAGAAUUUCCGGUCCUCCUAUUUUAGUAGAAGUGGUCUAUACAUCACCUAUGUCUGAUGAAGUAGACAUGGACAGCUUUCGUCCUAAAGCAAUAACAGUCAAAGUUGCGGAUCUAACGUUAUCACUAAAUUCUCCUCAAUUCUUCAUCUUCCUGACCGUUAUUACGAAUUUCCUGGUGAAACCUUUUCAACAGACUAUUCGUUUGCAAGAGGAACUUGCAGUUUUGACGCAUACCAUUCAUCUUAUCAAGCAGGGUCAUUUGAGUCAUCUUGAUGCAAAACACUACACCAAACAAAUUGUUGACAUGGUCGAUCUGAUUGAUAAACACCGCAGUCGUAGCCAAUCUGACAAGGCCAGAAAGUUUUUUAAUCUACUGGGGUCUCAAGAUACUUGCGCCACAAGAAGGGAGCUGAUUGACAAGGCCAGUGCGUUAUUGGCCUACACUCUUCAAAAGCAACAGUCAGAGAGUGACCAAGGUUGGAUGCCGAAAUUCUACCUGGAUGUCUGCAUCAAGAAGUGCAAAUUAUUUUUGAAGACUAGCGACUCCGAUGAAACAGAUUUUGCUGAAGCCACCAUCGACCGUUUCCAAGUAAAACAGACUUCGACCUUGGAUGGAGGAACGAAAAUCGAGUAUUCAGUAAAGGACGUCAAGAUGAAGAAUGUUUGUACCGAAAAUGCGGCAUUCAAAACUGCGCUCGCUGUUUCCAAGAAACAAAUAGACAUUUCAAAGAAAGAGCACUGUACAGAGAAUGUGUUUACAAUCGACGGAGAUCCUGUUGCUUUUCGUUGGUUUACAAUUCAAUCUCCUCCAGUUGGACGAAUCCAUGUUGUUGAUGUUUUAACUGUUGGCGUUGCACCUCUCGAAAUAGCUUUGACGCGACAUAUUUCUGAAGAACUUUAUCAAUUUUUCAUGCGAAAAUCAUUAAAUGAAACUGAAGAGGAGGAAGAAAGACUUGACAUUAAGGAAAAUAAUCUAAAAGGGAGUUCGCAAACUGUGCGUAAGGUUUCAUCUUUUCUUAAGUCUGAAGUGUUCCUUCACGAAGGUAGCAGUGAUUUGCAUUCAAUGGCAGCUAAAUUGCGUUCCGUUAUCCGAGGUGUUGAAGACUUUACGAAGGAUUCAGGAUUAUCUUCUUUCAUUCAGGGAAAAUGGACCAAUCUGAGACGAACCUCUCCCGAAAUCCAGCAUGAUACUUGCAUUUCAGACAAGUUGACAUUCUCGGAAGCAAAAAAUGAAGAUGACGCGAGCAAAAAGCAACUGCUUACUAAGAAACGCAUUCCUGUUGAUGACCUAAGUUGUAUGCGACAAAGAGAACAAAAUAAUAUUCUGUUCAAAUACGUGUAUGUGGGACAAGUCUCUUGGACAGUUUCUUUCAAAUAUAAGGAUUCCGGAGAAGAAAAAAGUAUUUUGGACUUUGAAAAAAUAAGAAUAUCUCUACCUUCUUUAAUGUAUCACUCUCAUACGUGGUCUUGGACUGAUCUCUUUGAUCAACUUCGACGUGACGUGCAAUCGCGGGUAUUAGGACAAGCGUUAUCACGGCUUGCUAGGAGAAAACUUUUGGGAGUUCGCGAAUUGGGUCAAAAACUAUGGCGUGAAGCCAAAUCUCCGGACGCCAUACGUAUCCUUAGUCAAGCUUUUGGUAAGACAGAAGAAGAACUUGUGAAGGAAGUUGAAAACCUAGACUGGUCAGAGUCUGAAAACGAAGAUAACGAUGAAGGACAGGCUUCUUCAUCUAGCGAAUCUGCCACAGUUCAAUCGUUUUCUCAGGGUAAAGAAAAUUUACAAGGAAGACUUAAAAACGAAAGAGACCUGGAAAGGAAACGCCAAGUGUUCUUGCAAGUUAUUUAUGGAAUUCAUCCCAAUUCAUUUAUGUAAUCCUGUUUUGAUGCUCGAUUCCGUAUUCUCUU